AUGAAAGAGUACUGGCGGAAGCUUGGAGUGAAUAUCAAGGUUGGUCCGAGCAUUGACAAUCUCGUAGCAGCUUGCAAGUGGGCCGGAGAUUGGAGCAGAGAGGAUAGGUUGAGGCUUGGCUACCUGGCCGUAUACGCUGGCUUUAUUGAUGCCCAGAAAUCUUCCACUCCUACAAGUUUAGCACUGGCUAGCCAAGUGAUGGACUUGGAGAGGUUUGAAAGCUAUCCUUGGGGGCGAGUAGCUUUCAACACCCUCAUCAAGUCUGUUAAGGAAGCAGACUUGUCGAAGCCAUUUGUUCUCGCCGGUUUCGCUGAAGUCCUGCAAGUUUGGGCGUAUCAUGCUAUGCCGAAAUUCGGAGAAGAGAGUGGUGAUCCCAUGCCUAUUAAUCCUGAGCCACCGCUGUUAGCUUUCAAGGGAAUCAAAGGGAAGAGAUAUGUGAUCGGAACCAUGAAGAAGCAGGUGCUGUUCAAUCACAUGGUAAUGGUGGACAAGGAAGACGUGUACCCACGUUGGGAUAAGGAUGUAGAUGACCAGAAGGUGGACAACAUCAUCAAGGCUUUGCUUGGGGAACUUGGUGGAAAAUGGAACUGGAAACCAGCUGACUGGGUAAACGAAGGGAUAAUCGCUGUGAAGUCCGAGAAGGCAGUGAAGUCAGAGAAGUCUCAUGUCAAGAGGAGUAUCUCUGAUGAGGAUGAUGAAGCAAUCAGUGUAAAAAGGGCUCGGACCUUUGGUUAUUCAGCUGCGCAGGCCUCUGGUGAUGGCUGGAACCGUCUCGAGUCGAAGAUGGAGGAGCUGUUUAAAGACUUCUCCGAUAAGCAGUCUGAACAGAUGAAGCUUGGGUUAGAGAAUGUCGAGAAGAAGAUUCAACUCCUUACUACUCAAGUGGCUAUCCUGGGGAGGAUUGUCAAGAAGGGUUCGCUUCAUACUUCUGCCGAGCAUGUGAAGUCCAGUGAGUCAGAUGAAGAAGGAUCCUGGUGA